GCCUCCUUUUCCGGAACCCGCUGGCCUGGCUGGUCAGGGGGGCACCGAGGGGCCUGGCAGCUGCCUGGCGUGUGCCCAGGGAGGGGGCUUGGUGCUCUCAAGCAUGUGGGAUCUCUUGCUUCCAAGGGAAUGACUCAGGUGCUAGUCACAGCCUCAUGGGUCUUCAUUACAGUGCUUCCCAUGGACAGGAGCCAGGGCUUGCUUUGCUGGCCCCAUCAGUUCUCCAGACCCACAUGCAGGCCUCAGAAUAACAGCGGGAUUAGCGGGACUGAGACAUCUCCCUCGUCAGACCGUGCUUUUCCUGCUCCCAGCCAAGCAAGGCCCACAUGCUCCUGGACAAAGCAAGCCCAGCGGGACGAGUGAAGGGAGGCGACCACUCUGCCCAGCCCGCCAGGGUGGGAUGAGGGACAGCCAGUUUUUUCCCCAUGGGAGCUGGCGGUGGGCAUACGCCAUCUGUCCUCCAUGCUGAGAUUCAGGGAAGGGACAACCCAUGGCCAGUGUGCCCUGCAGGCAUCGCCUGGAGGUCUAGCUAGAUGGCAGCUAGAUGGGCAUCAGAGUUUCCAGCUGGGAGCUGGGAGGGGUCCCGUUCCGCCUGGAAAUGCUGGAAGGAGUGGUGGCAGGGAGUGGGCACGGAGCAGGGUGGAGUGCUCUGGGUGCCCUUAGUCGGUCCGGCACAGGCCAAAGCUGUAGGCAGCAAGAAGUUGGUCCUAUGGUUGCUGGAGCCAUGAGCACAGAGGGCCCCGGCCCCGCCGCAACCGGCACUCCGGGGAGCCCCGUGGAGGCAGCGGCCCCGCUGCCCGUGCUCAUCACCGUGGCCUGCAUCUUCCUCCUGCUGGCCUUCUGCCUGCUGUUCCUGACCCUCUGCAAGCCGGCUGCCCUGGACCCCCGCCCUCCGGCGCGGGAGCGCAUGCCCCACCACCCCGGGAGCCCCAGCGAGCCCCAGCUCCGGCUCUGGACGCGCCUGGGCUCCCUGCGCCGCUCCCUGCACAGCCUCCGGCGGGGCCGGUCCGCCCCGCAGCGCUCACAGCCGGACCACGACGGCAGCCACGGCUGGCACUGCACGGAAUCUACCGAGAUAUGACAGGCUGCCGCCACCACCAGGCAUCUAGCCUUGGACCACCCUCCCUCGGACACAGCCUGGCACCACGGGCUGCGGGAAGACAGUGCCCCAACCCCCUGCGUGCCCAGGCCCAAGGCCUUUCCCAGGAAGCCCUGGGGGAACACCUUCCUCCCUGCAGGCCCGCCCGCUGCUGCUGCUGCUGCUGAGACUGCUGCCUGGGGUGGGAAGCAGCAGCCUGGACCCUGGGCUGAGGCUCUGGAGACAACAAGCUGGACCCCAGGGUCCCUCUCUGGCCAGGAGGCCCCCAUCGCCUCCAGGGAGCAGGGCCUAAUUCCCAAAAGGAGGCAUGUCCUCCCUCCACGGCCAAACCCAGCUCAGAUUUCAGUGCAAGUUGCCAAAUGGCUAACGGUUCCCUCCAGCCAAGUCUGAACCGUUGACAAGGCACUGCUCUGCCCUGGACCCCACUCAGGGCCCAAGGCAAAGGGGAACCCAGAGACCCCUCGCCUUUCCUGGGCCCUGUCAGCAUUGCCCAGCAAUCCCUGGCAGCAGCUGCACCCUGCGGUAGACCAGAUGCCUGGGUGCCCGCUGAGGGAGGGUGAUGGUGAGGGAGGGGGAGUGAGUGAAACUCCCAAUACUGACCAGCCAAUAGCAACCUUGGCUGCCCGCCUUCAACGCACCCGUGUGGUUGGGAUGGACCAGGAAGAGGCCGAGAAUGGGGUAACCACUCCCUGCAGAGGCCAGGCCGGUUGUGUCAGAGUGGCAGGAGGCAUGCCAGCUACUGAAGGUGAUGCCACCUGGGCUCCGUGGACACAUCAGAGUGGUUCCAUGCCUCACCCAGGGAACACGGCGGCCUCUCCUCAGUGGGAGGGUCCAGCUUUCUCCAGGACAGUUGUGGGACUUACAGCCCGGACCACAGUGGGGUUCUAGGUUUUGGGUGAUUGCUUCAUUGCCUGGCUACCUGUCUAGGCAAUCCCACUGAGGACAGGCUUCUCAGAACCUCUAACUCUUCCUUCUCCUCCCAAAGCCAGGGCUCUGUGCCGUGGUUGGCUCCCACACUUGGAGAAUGGGCAGAGGGGGUCUGAGGGGCCGGCCACGGGGCUGCCCACCUCCCCCUGCUAUGACCCACAGUGCAGCUGGCCAGGUCUUCUUAAAGACUGAGCUCUGGUUCCACUCCUCCCAGCUCCCACACCAUCACCGCUCCCUAGUGCUGGCUGGACAAAGGCCGCGCCUCGGUCUGGUGCUCGGCACCGGGAACUGGCUCUGAACUACUAUUCCAGCCUUAUCUGGACCCAGGACAUCGCCUGUCCCCGGGCUGUGCCCCCCUCAGGAAGCCCCCCUGCUCUCCAGCUGAAAGUCACUGUGGCCGGAACCGCCCGACUCUGCACCUCUGGAGGGAGGACAGGGAUCACGGCCCGUUGGCCGUGUGAAUCAUCCUUGUCUGUCUGUGUCUCUUCCCUCCUACGUGCUGGGAGCUGACAGAGGGCAAGACUGGGCCCAGUCCCUCACUCGGCUCCACCUGCUGGGGCCCGAAGAAUGGGACUGGUUACUGAGUGACGGGAGGGCACACCCAGUCUGGGUACAUCCACCGGCCCCCAAAGCCUACGGAGUCCUGUCCUCCCUCAGACGCCCCAGGGAGCAGCUCUCUCCACACGCAGGCCCUGUGGAGAGGCUCCUGUGUCCUUCCUCCAGUGUCCUGCUUGGACAGGAGCUUCCGGGAGAAGCUGGUGCCUGCCUCUGCCUCUCUCCCUGAGGAAUGGGGGGAACAGGGCUGCCCCACAGGGCUGGCAGGUCUAGGACUGGUCUGAGUAGCGUUGUGUAAUAGAAACCAAUCCUUUGGGUUUAGAAAGUGGGGUGGGCCUCCUCCCAACAGGCUGUUCCCCCCUCCUACCUCAUCCCUCGCCUCCUUGUGACAUCCCAGGAUGAGUUCCUCCUACAGCCAGUCCCCCAGGCCACCCCCUGGCCAGUGCCCUGCUUGGCACCAGAUGUUCUCUUCCUGGAGACCAGGGGUGGGAGUGAGGCUGCCAUGAGGGAGAAGGAAAGACUGGGGAUGGGGAGGGGCCCUCGGAGGCCUGGUCAUACCCCUGAGUGGCAGGUAUUUGGCCAGCGGGGAGGGGCUCUCCAAGCCCCCAGAGGGAGAGAACCUGCCUCUUUCAGUAACCAGCCAGGCUCUGUAAAUCCCUGUGGUUUUCUGGAUCUUGGUGUCUCUGAGCACCAGCACCCUGCUCCCAGCCUUCCCAGUCCCUGGGCAGCAUGGCGGGUGCACUCCCAGCCUCCCAAGCCCAGCGCCUGGCGCAGCGGGCAGGCCCAGUUUGGCUGUGUUUGGCGCAGCCUCGCAGCCGGAAACCUUGCAGCGGAUGAAGACGGUCAUUCAUUCCCGGCCUCCCUCCCCGCCCAGCGCAGAGGCCUCCGGGUGCUGGGGAGGGCCCGGCCCCCCUCCAGGCCCUCCUUCUCCCUCUGUGUCUGCUCCCUUUCUUCCUGUGCCUGGUGCGUCCCCGGAGAGGAGCUCCGGCCAAGGGCCCGUGAAAGCCACUCUGUUCUGGGCAGCGCUGGGCCCUGGCUCCCUCCUCAGCUCCUUCCUGGGAAAAAGCGAGCAGGCCAUCUCCUCUCCGCUCUGAAAGGCCCGCCUGGGAGGGCAGGACCAGGCUGUGGGGAGGAAGGGAGACGAGGGGGCCGAUGCCCUCCUUCUGUGUUUUGGGGUGGAGCCAGGGCCCUGUCCUCGAUGACAUAGUAACCUGGGGUCCUCCUCUGUCCCGGGAGGAGGGGGCCUGGGUCCCCCUUCCCCACAGCACUGGCUACUCUCGGGGCAGCAGCUGGGCCCACUCCUGUUUCUGCCCCUCCCCGCUGCGAUGCCACGGGGCAUGUGCACUCAGGCCCGAGUGUGGCCCUGCCUGCCCCGGCCCACCGGCCACACCCACCUGCACGAUGCUGUGGCCCUCGGGGAUGUCCUCGGGGACGCUGGCCUCAUAGCUGCUCUGAAGGAAGAUGGGCCGGUUGUCGUUCACGUCCAGGACCGUGACGAACACGGUGGCGGUGCCGGUGCGCCGCUUGCCCACGGGGCCGUUGUCUGUGGGAGGGGACGGAGGAUGGGCUGUGGGCAGCGGCCUGAGGGGCACGUUUCCUGGGCACGUGCCCUGCGCGCCCCAGCCACGGUGGCCCGUGCGGGCAGCUCUUUUCCUCUCUAGCUUAGGAAUGACACUAACGACAUCUAACACGUCCCUCAGUCUCUCCAGCAGCCUGUGAAGCAGGCGCUGUGGCGAUUACUUCCGCUUCACAGAGGAGGGAGCGGAGGCGUGAAGUGGCUGAAUGGUGGCCCCCAAAGACAUGCUCAUGCCAAGUCCCUGGGAACCUGUGAAUGUCAGCUUAUUGGGAAAAGGGUCUUUGAAGAGGUGAUUGGGGUUAAGGAUCUAGAGAUGACACGUCCUGGAUCAUCAGGUGAGCUAUACGUCCAAUGAGAGGGUCCUUCUCAGAGAAAGGCAGAGGGAAAGCUGAGAGAGGGGAAGGCCCCUUAGGUGGAGGGAGAGAUUGGCACCAGCAGAGUCAAGGAAGGGUUCUCCCUGGGGACCAGGGAGGGAACAUGGCCCUUAAUUUUAACUCCUGGCCCCAGAGCCACGAGGGGAUCCAUUUCUGCUCUUUGAUGCCACCGACUCUGUGGUACUUUGUCACUGCAGCCCCAGGAACCAGAGUCGGGGACUGAGGUCACAGACCCAGCUGCUGUCAGGCGGGCCCGCCUCAAGGCCGCUGCCCUCCGCCAUACACAGUGGAUGGGCAGAGUGUGGCCUAGUGACACUAGAUCUGGGUUCUCAAGAGAAAUUGAACUUGAGCUUUUAAAUAAAGUCUGACUUUUAAGUGUU